CAUGAAUCCACUGUGGAAAGUGUACAAGAGCAAAGUGAUGAAGACCCUCAACCCUGAUGGAGAAGAAGAGUCUGCUGAAGAGGUGUGUGUGACAGCAGAUGAAAUGACUCCAGUCCAGCAAGAUGAAGCACCCAAUGCUGUGUCUCAGCUGGCGAAAAGGGUGCAGGGUGUGGGGACGAAGGGCUGGAAGAGUAUGACUGCUCUAUUUAAUAAAGACGAUGAGCACCAGCUCCUGGAGUCUGAGCCUGAGAGUCAGCCUGUACCGGACCACCCUCUAGCGGUGAAACCAGAAGAGCCGACGCGACCCAACAAACGCAACACAGGAUUCUGGGAUACCUUCUCCACCAAGUGGCACCAGGCAGCAGCUAUGAAACAUGCUGAAGCAGCGGAAGCGGCAGGUGGGAGUGGAUCCGAUGUAAGGAGUCAAGAGGAAGGGAAUCAGGCAGGAGGAACGGAGACCACAGUGGGAGAAGAUGGAGGUGGCCAGGGCAACAGCUUCUCCAGAUAUGCCUCUCUGGGUGGAGCCAAUGAUGAUACACCAGCAUUUAAAUGGAACUUUGUGACCAGCAAGCUGGCUGAGCUGAAGAGCAAAAACGCGACCAAGAACAACUAGCCAACGGCAUAAGACGACGCCAGAGACACGAAAUGAAAAACAGAUGGAAUUUUAUCUGUAUCUGGAUUUGUUGCUCUCUCUGAAUGAACCUUAAUCACAAUCUCCUCUUUGGCUUCCAGGUUGACUUGAUGCAGUGCUGCAUGACACACACACGCUUCAGGGAAUUACGCCCAACAGGCACUAUUCAAGCUACAAUCAUAAAAUUAACAUGUUGUGCAAUCAUAAAUAAAUUUUCUGAUGAUCAUUUUGCUCUGCAGU